CAAACAAAUUUUGCAUCUUUUCAAUUGAAUUGAAUCAAAAAACAAAAAAACAAAAAGCAAAAAAAAUGGCCAAUCAAGGUUCAUUGUUGGAUGUGUUGAAGAAAAAAAUGCGAUCCAUGAAAGAGGAUCUUGAAGCAAGUCAAGAAGCGGCACAAGAAAAUCAUCAAAAAUAUCAGGUUGAAAAACGUCGCCGUGAAGAAGCCGAAUCCGAAGUAUCAACAUUAAAUCGUCGUAUACAAAUGAUUGAAGAUAAUCUGGAAAAAACUGAAGAACGUUUACGUAUAACGAUGAUGAAAUUAGAGGAAGCACAACAAGCAGCGGAUGAAAGUGAACGUAUUAGAAAAACAUUGGAAACAAAAACCAAUAUGGAAGAUGAUCGUAUAUCAUUUUUGGAGGCACAAUUAACACAGGCACGACAGAUUGCUGAAGAAUCGGAUAAAAAAUAUGAAGAGAUGGCUCGAAGAAUUGCCAUGCUUGAAGCUGAUCUUGAACGUGCCGAAGAACGUGCUUCGAAAAAUGAAAGCAAAGCUGCCGAAUUAGAAAGUGAAUUGAGGAUUGUUGGUAAUAAUCUAAAAUCAUUGGAAGCAAAUGAAGAAAAAGCCCAUACACGUGAACAAACAUACGAGAAUCGUAUUAAAAUGCUUUCGGCAAAACUUAAAGAGGCUGAAACACGUGCCGAAUUGACUGAACGUACUGUUCAAAAACUACAAUCAGAAGUUGAUCGUCUUGAAGAAGAUUUAUCUGGUGAACGUGAAAAAUCUCAACUACUACAAGAAGAAGUGGAAACAACAUUAAAAGAUAUUCAGGCUAUUUAAUGAUUACAUUUCAAUUACCUGCCAUUCACCGCCACCACCACCACCACCACCUUAAAUUACACAUUACUUUUUCACAAAUUAAAAUGAAUCAAUCAAUCAUUUGGAAGACAGGAUAAAGGUGAAACCGUAGCUUGAACAUAUAAAAUUAUUAUUCAUUCCGGCAAUUUUUGGAACAAAAAAAAAACAUGAAACUUUACCACAUUCUCGACAUUGUAACAUUUCCAGAAUGACAAACAAA